CGUUUUUCUCAUCGAGUAGUCACCAACCUACUAUCCUCAUUACUGAAGACUGACCACUUGAAUUUUUGUGCUCCUGACCUAAAAAGAGGUUAGUUUAAAAGUAUUUGCUGUAACAGGGUUAAAAUCAUGUGUGUUGUUGUUAAUAGAUUCUGUUUUUCUUUCUAUUGCAGAGCAACCAAGAAUAAAUGCUUUGGUAGAAGAAGAGCAAGCUCUGCAUGCACUGAACCUAUAGGAUGACUGAUAAGACUGUUUUGUAGACUAGCUCUCCCUUCUGUACAUAACCCGCGAAUUUUCACUCCGUGUCCUCUCUCUGUGGUGUGAACUGCUUAGUUAACAUUGUUUGUGUUGUGGUUUAUGGUCUUCUUGCCUUUCAGUGACUUCUGAUUACACGUGUUACACUACCUGGCAUUUUCUGUGUUGAAGUAUGGUGGUGAUUAUACAUUAGUGCCUAGUGCAUUUGUAAUUAACGUGGAACCAAAUUAUAGAUGGAAGAAUUUCUAGAAUCCCUAUUUGGUUCUCGUCUUCCCAAGUCAUAACUUGAAAGUCAGCUAUAUAGCUAUGGCGGAAACCUAGCCAAAAAGUAGACAGUUUGGUGUAAAUCCUAUUACAUUCUCGACUCAGAGCGACAAACAAUGAGAAAGUUUCUAUUUCUCAAGUUGUCUACAGUAUUACUUUGGUCUAGGGUACAGAAAAUAUAUAUAAAAUAUGUAAAAAUGGAUAUUUGUUGAAUUUUGUCUCCUGUUUGGUUUGUAUUUGUGAUUCUUUAGCUGUAAAAAUGAACACACCUGAACCUACUAUUCAGAAUAUUUUGGACUCAAAUACUUUGCGUUGGAUCUUUGUCGGAGGUAAAGGUGGAGUUGGAAAAACGACAUGCAGUUGCAGCAUUGCUGUUCAAAUGGCCAAAGUGCGUGAGCGUGUUCUCAUUUUGAGCACGGAUCCUGCUCAUAACCUUUCGGAUGCGUUUGACCAAAAGUUUUCGAAAAAUCCUACUAAAGUUAGGGGUUUUAAUAAUCUUUUUGCUAUGGAAAUUGAUCCAAAUGUGAACUUAGGAGAGUUCGAAGAGGAUCUGGUUGGUUUUGAAGAAGCAGCAGUUUCCGCUGAUAUACGUAAAACCAUCGGUCACUUGAUGACUUCUUUCCCUGGAGUGGAUGAGUAUAUGUCUUAUACAGAGGUGUUUCGGUUGGUCCGCAAUAUGGAUUAUUCAGUCGUCAUUUUUGAUACUGCUCCUACUGGCCACACACUACGAUUGUUAGCGUUUCCAGAGGCUAUGGAGAAAAGCCUUAGCAAAGUAGUCUCAAUGAAAAAUCAGUUCGCUCCAAUUUUAAACCAAUUAAUGGGUUUAGUCGGAAUGAACAGUACACAAGGUGGUGAUUUAACAAAUGCAAUAGAAACACGUUUACCUAUCGUUAAAGAAAUAACAAAGCAGUUCAAAGAUUCCACUCAGACUACAUUUGUAUGUGUUUGCAUACCCGAAUUCUUAAGCAUGUACGAAACGGAACGCUUAGUUCAAGAACUCACUGCACACGAUAUUGAUGUCCACAAUGUCAUUGUAAAUCAACUGUUGUUUCCAAAUUUAUUAUCAUCAUGUGAUGUCUCAUCUAAGGAUCAUUCGAAUGGACCUCCAUCUAAUUGUCGAAUGUGCUUAGCACGUCAUCGAAUACAAUCGAAAUAUCUGGAACAAAUUUUAGAACUAUAUGAAGACAUGCAUGUCAUACAAUUACCUCAAUUAGAAAAUGAGGUAAGAGGAAUCAAGUCUGUUCAAGAAUUCUCCGAACUUCUUUUAAACCCUUACCGUAGGAAAUAAAAAUUAUAGGAUUUGGACGUUAUUUGUAAAAAUGAUGUCGUUUGUGCACUUUUGUAAUUAUUCUUUCUUCUGAAAAAAAUAUUAAACGUUUUUUUCUAAUGAACUGAUUCGAAAAUAACAUGCCCGUUAACAGUUGUUUCUUAUUUCUUUAGCACUGGAAGCAUCUUUAAUAAAUUUUCAUUUUAAGUUAAUUUCUAAUUUGUUUAUGUAAUUGGUUCCAAAAAUCCGUUCACUAAUAUAAUUGACACAUUUUCAACAGAUUAUUAUAAUGCAUAGGCGGCUGAAAAGGGAUUUUGAUUUUUUAUUUGGAAGUUUUUGUGUCUGUUGCAUGUGUAGGAUAUUUGAGUAUUCAUUUUGAUUGGUGCAUUUUUGGAUGAUGUAAUUACAUAUUAAGUAAUUGUACUUUCAGGAUUCUAAUCAAUUCAGGAAACGUACUGAAAGUCUUGUUUUUAGUUCAUAUUUAGACAGCUAGUUAUAUUCACUGUUUUUUACGCUGUUUUAAAUGUACGUCACGCGUUGCCUUAGAAGUUGCAACUACUUUAAACAAAACGUAAAUCUUUCGCAGAAAAUUUCGAAACGCACGACCAGAAUCGUUAUAAGACUUUAUGAUCUCAGACGGCUGGAGUUAUUCGUGUUUAGCUACAAAGAGAUGUGACAUUACAAUCUUCAUACUAUCUACCAACCACUCAGAAUGGAUUCUACUUCUUGUUGGAAAUAAGUACCGUACGUAACAAUCUCCAAAGCAACAUAAACACAGUCUCACUAGUAGAUUAGUUCAAGCUCAAGUUAGGUGUGUCGUAUUCAAACGAAUCUGUAAAUGGUCUACUACUACGCACAAUGUGGUUCCUAGCAGUGACACGAGUAUAAUCAGCCAAUCCAACUCUUAAGAUCUAAAGGCUGCGCAACCGUGAAUUUGUUUAAGAGUAACAGGAUAGUUUGUUUUUUUUUGCU